UAAGUGAGAAGUAUGUAAAAUGAAGCUUUUUUUGCCUUAAUUAAGUUUAUUUAUAAAUAACUUCUUCGUACAUGACUUGGAAGAGUACAAAAAGUACUGUAGAAAUGAGGUUAAACAGUAUUCAUUGCCCACUGAAAAGAUAGCACAAUAGAAAUGACCCCAAAAAGGAAGACUACCAGCUCAGAAUCUACUUCAACCACCAGUUCUGGUUCUUCGUCAAGUAGUUCAUCAAGUUCAGGCAGUGAAUCUAGUUCAUCCGAUUCAGAAAAUUCCAGUAGUUCUGCCAACAGCCAAAAAGCAUCCGAUGCAGAGAGGACAAAGAAGAAGACAUCCUUCUCAGUUAAUCGACAUGGCAAAUCUAAAUCCGAUGCAGCUUCUAUACCGUCUACAGAAAAUAAAAACAAAGAGAGGGUACCACCAAAGAAUAGACCCGUGGUAUAUUCCUCAGAGUCUGAAGGAUCACCAAGCAAAGUAAAGUCUGCUAAACGAAAACCACCAGCUAAACCUAAAGCAACUGCCACGGUAGCACCUGUUGUUAAACAACAAAGACCUCCUGUGAAAACUGUAGCUAGUGCUGGCCAACAGAAAAAUGUACCUAAUACAAAACCAGUUGGUAACAAGCCAAACAAACCUUCUACCUCCAACAAUGCUAAUGGGAAAGCUGUUGACAAAUCCGCAAAAACAACAUCAGAACCUGUACAAAAGAAGUUAAAAAAGAAAAGUAUAUUUAGUCCUGAAAAUAGUAGUGAAAGCGAUAGUGGUGUUCCACCUAAAGUUAACACAGCAAAACCAGCAAAUAACUCAGCAAAAUAUGCAAAAACUCAGCAACCCAAACCAAAACCAAAUAGAGCUAGUUUAAUAACGAAAACGGCCCAAGCGCGUAAAUCAGAUAGUUCUGCAAGUUCAAAGAGCUGUUCCGGUGGAUCAGGUUCCUCUGCCUCGACAGACAGUAGCACAGAUUCCGAAUCAUCCGAGAGCGUAGCUAGCCCGCAACCUACAACGAAAAAGAAAGAACCCCAGCCAAGUACAGCAAUAAACGUUUCCUCGAAUAUUCCACCGAAACGGCCUUCCGCAACAGUUGCACCUGUUAAACCACAAAAAUGUACAAAACGACAAAGUACAGUAAAAAGCGAAGAUGAAGCCGACGCAUCUGCCAGUGAAAAAGAAAUGGACGAGCAUGGAGAAACGAACACGACGAAAACAUUGAAUAAAGGCAAGCGGAAAUUACAAACACGAAAAGGAAGCAAAUUAAUUCAGCUUCAAGCGAAGGCAGCCAGUGACUCGGAAUCCGAUACAGUAUGGUUCUCAGGUACGGAAACGGUAGCGUGUAAACGUAUCCUGCAAAUUCCGCUGAUCCGGUGUGAUUUAUCGAGAGUAGCUGAAAGCAAGAGGAGUACGAGCAAAUCACCGGUUAAACGUGCUGGGCCUAGUACCGCUGCCAGACACUCGUCCGGACCAAAUAGAGUAGCACAAAACAGUGGUACUUCGAGUACCACUAGUGGAAGAUCUGGACAAGGAAAUUAUGGUCGUUCGCGUGCGACCAAGGAAAGAGAAUGCCCUCUAGCACCAACUUGCGAUUCUAGGGGUCAUCUCUCUGGAAAACUUGACUCGCACUUCACCUUGGAGGCAUGCCCUUUAUAUCACAAUACCACGCCGCAAGCUUGCGUAGAGUUUUAUAAAGAAAGGAAGAAACGAGAAGAGGAAAGGAAAAAAGCGAUAUCAUGUUUAGCCAAAAAGUCUCCGAAAGGAAUGCAUCAAACAACGGAACAAAGAAACUAUCAGCUGAAAAUGAGAGAAAUGAGGAAUAAGUGGAAAGGAGGCACUGGCGAUGGAAACGAAAGCGAUAGUAGUAGCGAAGUUCAAGGAAACGAGAAAGAUCGUCAACCUCGUUUAACGAAUUUAACUCCGGAAUACGACUUAAAAUUGUUUAUGGAGGCACAAGCGAUAGCUAGUGAAAAGAUUGAAAAGGAGUUAAAGGAAUUGGACUACGACGGCGAAGGUAGAAACAGCGGCGGAACACGAGUUAUCGAAAUGGGAAAAUGGGAAAUGGAAGUGUGGUACCAGAGUCCGUAUCCUGAAGAAUUCAGUCGCGCUCCGAAACUUUAUCUAUGCGAAUACUGCUUACGAUAUGCAAAAAGUCGUCAGGUUUUAAGGCGACACCGAGAGAAAUGUUUGUGGAGACAUCCUCCUGGGCACGAAGUAUACAGGAAGGACAAGAUAGGCGUAUGGGAAGUGGACGGAAAACGUUACAAGCAAUACUGUCAGAAUCUGUGUCUGUUAGCGAAGUUCUUCUUGGACCACAAAACGUUGUAUUACGACGUCGAGCCUUUCCUUUUUUACGUGAUGACAAUCGGCGACUCCGAAGGUUGCCAUACCGUCGGUUACUUCAGCAAGGAAAAGAAUUCUUUCCUCAAUUACAACGUAUCCUGCAUUCUGACGUUGCCUCCUUAUCAACGACAAGGAUACGGUCGACUGCUCAUCGAUUUCAGUUACUUAUUGACUAGAGUCGAGAAAAAGAUUGGCUCGCCUGAGAAGCCUUUAUCGGAUCUGGGCUUGAUCUCGUAUCGCAGCUACUGGAAGGACGUUUUGCUGCAGUACCUCUGCAAUUUCGGGGGCAAGGAACUCUCCGUUAAAGAUAUCAGUAAGGAGAUGGCGAUCGACUCGUACGACAUCGUCAGUACCCUGCAAGCCCUCGGUAUGAUGAAGUACUGGAAGGGCAAGCAUAUCAUCCUGAAGAAGCAGGACGUGAUCGACGACUACAAGGAGAGGGUGAAGAGGCGAGGACCCGUCUACAAAGAGAUCGAUCCGGAGUGUCUGAAAUGGAACCCCUUCCAGCCUCCCAAGACGCCCUCCACCUCGAACUAAGGUUUGCAGCAGCAGCAGCAGCAGUAGCAGCAGCAGCAGCCCAGAAUGACGCCGACGCCAGCCUUCCCCUUCUACGACGACGGAGGGCGGUGGUCGAUCUCUUUCUCUUCUUCGUCGUCGUCUUCGUUUUUUUUUUCCUUUUUUACUCCCUCGCCUCGUGGUGCUUCUCUUUCUUACUCGACCGUCGCCUCUCGCGACACUCGUCGAACCCAUAAGCUACGUCACGCGGAUUUCGCGUGUUCCCGCUGACUAGGGAUGUCCAAGGGAUUGCCCUUGUGGCGACAGUGUACAUCCCUCGGGGCAGCGUUAAAAAUUUCCGAAGCGGAUAACUCGAAUCGCGUCGAAUACCUACCUUUGUACUAACAGUGAUUUCGAAGGAAAAUACCUGUUAUAUUUUCCGAGUUCCAUAAAAAUCAAGCAGACGUCACCGAUUUCAAUGAUCCUGAAAUAUGUUGUCAAAGACCGACCGAAUAACUUUGGUACUGUGGAUGUUGAAUAUUAAAAGAUAUCAUGUUGCGCUAGAAUGCAAUAUACUUUGUCAUUGAAGUCGGUGAGGCGCGCUUCUUUCUACGUCAUUACCGGCUAAAUUGAGACCCAUACCCUGUGAGCGUAUUACAAUGUUACCGUUGCCCCGAGGUUUAUUUCGUGGCGAACCGCGUUGCUCCGAGCCAGUAGGGCAACCCGUGGACAGGUCUGGCCACAACGAUCGAUGAAUAAAACUCCUGAAGAUCCUUUGAGGAACUCUCGAGAGCCCUCUGGAACCUCCGCGGGAUGCAACGGGGUCAACGAGUCGAGCAACGCGUAACUAGUUCCCCUCGAGACGUCCCUCGAUUACCAGAAACAAUGAUUCGUACUCGAGUAAUUAACUUCCGUUCGGAAUCGUGCUUCUUGACCUCGUCAACGUUCUCGAUCUUUCCAUGCCGACAACGAAGAUCGAACAGUAGCCAUCGCCGGUAACCCUAUCUACGAUCGACUUUCGUAACACGCGAACAGUGUACGUUUUUGUUCGUCGACGAACAUUUACGAAAAGCUCUGACGUGCCUUUUACGACGCGUAAUUGAAAAGCUUGAGCAGCUUCAAGAUUCAAAUUCUUGUUAGACCGAUCUUCGACUCCAAUCAUGAAUAAAUAUAAUCUUCGUUGUAGCGUAGAUCGAGAUGCGAUGGACUGAUCGUCGAGUUUUGUAUAGUGUACUAAAACGUGAUACCGAAACUGUACUCGUUGCAUCCCGUGACAAGAGUAGGAAUAAUUUACGACCUCGCUAUAUCGUGGCAAAGACUGCUUUACCUUAUGGGUAAAACGAUCUCGUUGAAAUAUGUCGCGCUAUGGUGUAUAGUCAUUACACCCACUCGAAUUAAACGUCGAUACUAUGUUAUCGAUCGGUGCAUGGCACGUUGCAAACCGAAGAAUUUCAGGCGUGGAGAUACCGGAGAGGCACGACGCGUCCUCGAUAGGUCUGUUAGACAAAGUGAAAAAUAACUCGAAAGCAAUCGAGUCAAGGUUAAACAGGAUCAAUUUAAAUGCUCACGUUCUUAUGACGCGAUGCACCGCAGUCGUAAGGAUCGUAGAAAAAGUUUUAACCGCGAUGCCCUGUUCGCGAAGUCUGUGACUGCGAUUUAACGCGUUCGCUGAGGACACGAUCGAUACCUGUCGCGAUUAAUUAAUAUUAUUUUUAUUUAUUUCGUUCGCGCCGCGAAUGUCCGCUCGCGAGCACCGUUCUAGGAUAAGUGGCAAUGGAAGAAGAGCCCGUGACAAGUAGAGUAACCGUUUACUCGAGAAUAUUUUAUUGCCGAACAUGAAAAUGGCUCGUGUUAAGUGGGCGUAAUACGCGGUAAUUCUCGAGCGUUAUGGCCAUAGACGUGUACAGAUAGACUGAGCGCUAUUAUAGGAGAGUUAAAUUGCAGUCGACUCUCUCUUUCGUAGAGUAUCCCUAGAUCUCUGUAUCCUUAUGUCUGUAGUUCAAUUCCGGCCAAUUUAAUUCAGAACAGUAAUCAGACAGAAGGGGGAGCAGCAAUCUCGAACGCGCGAAAAAUUCCCGACCACUUUACGCGUUAAAAAGAGUGGCAACGAUUACUACUUUUGUCCCCUUUUUUCCGUGUCAACCCCAUUGAACGCAGCACGCAAUAUAUCUGUAGAACACGUUUAUGGACCCUCCCUUGUAUCGUGAUUUCUCUGAGAGAAGCGUAUUCGCCGGUGUCGAAAACGUGUGGCGUGGUCCGCAGCGAACACGUUCGCGCGAACGUAGCGUAUAACGCGCAUCGACUUUACGAUGUAAGGGAAUAUCGUUAAAGGAUAGGAUAUCUUAAUGUUAAAUCGAAUGAAAAUUGCAUACAUAUUGAUGGAACAAUUUUUUUCUUGUAUUUUUUAUUCACUUUAUUUUGUUGAAACAGGUGAAGCGAUGCAUUUAGGGCGAGCGGAACAAGUAAUUUUCUACAGUCACGAAAUAGUGCAAUUUAUUAAUCUUUGUAAGAAAUAAAUGUUGUAUAAGUACAAAUAGCGUAGAGAUUUCCUGUUUCGUUCGCUCUUUUUCCCUUGUACGGAGUUACAGAACAUACAGACAGUUUUUCUCGUUGCGUACUUUCAUCCGAGGAACAAUUUACAAAGAAACAACAAAAUAUCUCUUUUUUUCAACGUUUGUCCACGUUAUCGACGAUUCUCUUCUUCGUUGACCAAUACUCUGCGAGUAAUAAUCUGUAAUUUAAACGUUUCAUAAUCAUGUAUGUUAAAAGAAUGUACAGUACUAUUUAUAAAUAAUACAAUUUUUAUCCAUAA